AAGGGGGAAAAGACAGAGGGAGAAAGGGGAGAGGGGAAGAGCGAGUGAGAGAGAGAGAGAGUGAGACGGCGAUGUUCUCCCCGUGAAACGCUAAAAUAUAUACACGCGUAUAUAUAUAUAUAUAUAUGUGCGCGGGGGAUUUCGAGAGGCUAUAGCAAAGCGCACGACGGCGACGACGUUGAUGAUGAUGACGACGAGGACGAGGAUGAUGACAAUGAUGACGAUGACGAAGACAACGACGGCGGCGGCAACGUCGACGACGUACACGACUACUACUACGACGCCCGCGUGGGGGUUGCACGAAGACCCCCUGGUGGGGUUCUGGCCGCCGACCCUACAGUCCCCCGCUGGAAAUGAUAUCAGUCGCGACUCGGUCGAGGGAGCCCUAACACGUCGCCUGCGCUGUCGGCCGCGCCGUGCCCCUCGCAGAGUAUAUACCAGAAGUCUCAUUUCUCCCGUGUGACAUAUAUACAUUUAUCGCAAUACCGCCCUUCCAGCAAGUGUGUAUAUACAUUCCCUGUACCCGGUCGCCGCACGAAAACACCACCGCAGCUCCAACACACGAGGCCUACGUAUCGGAAAAGGAGGAAAGAUUAAUAAGUAAUACUCGAUAAAAUGGACAACAAUAAGACAUUCAACCUUACAUGGAACAAUCACUUGGCAAAUCUGUCAGGUUUGUUUGAAGCUCUUUACAGAAGUGGCUCCUUGACGGACGCGACUUUGGCUUGUCAGGGUGGCAUGUUGAGAGCCCAUAGGUUGGUACUAGCAGCGUGCAGCCCUUAUUUUGAAAGAGUCUUUAAGGAACAUUAUGGAGAACAACCCAUUCUCAUUUUAAAAGGUGUUGCUGUUGAGGAAAUGGAAUGCCUCUUGGAUUUCAUGUACAGAGGAUCCAUCGAUGUAGCGGAGGAGCAUCUUCCCUCGCUUAUAAAAACUGCCACCGAUUUGGAAAUACGUGGUCUCUCUGGGGAACCGAGAAAUCAGGAGAGCAACCGCAACCUCUAUACCAGGGUUGAGACACGGAUGCAACGAUGCCAUAUUGAAACUAGAGUACACACUACCGAAUACUUCAAAGAACCAUCGGUAAUUCCUUUCCUACCGAAACACUCAACCAUCAAUGCAAUGGAGGAUCACAUUAAAAUGGAUGACAUCGAAGUGGAAGAUGAUCCGAUGGUGAUUGAUGGGAAUGAGGAUAGCUUCGACGAGUUUCCGCGAUCCAUGGAAACGCAAAUUAGAUGUAUACCUCCUCCGAUGUAUAAGCGGGAAACUAGAUUUAAAGGGCAGAAGAGAGUAUCCGUGGGUCGUGUUACACGGAAUAACGAUCCACCGGAAUCGAGAUUAAAAGACUCCCCGCGAGAAUCAAAUUCUGAAGAUGCCUCAAGGAUUAUUGAAUGCGAGCCUAAUCUCAAUGACGGAUCGAUAGAUGCCACGAUAUCGGACAUACAAGAAACUUCAAAGAGUUCCGACGAACCGUUGAUGACAGGAUUAAAGAGGAAGUUCGAGAUCAUGAAUAAAACAGGAGGAAAUGAGGGAAGAGAAAGAGAGACAGGGAUCCUUAGCAGAUCUGAAAAAGCGCAACACAAACCCUUUACCUGCGACCUUUGUACUUUGGCUUUCACAAGAGCAUCACACUUGGCGAGGCAUAGAAGAGUGCAUACGGGCGAAAGACCUUUUGCUUGCAGUAUCUGCCCACGAAUGUUCGCUAGGCAAGACAAAUUGAAGCAACAUUUGGAUUCGCACUUGCAAUGGCCGAAGAUGAAGAGCGGUCAAACAGCCUCUCCGUCACCGACAAAAAACAAACGCGGCAGGCCACGUAAGGUUAAUUUGGAGCAAUCUGCAAUGGAAGAAAUUUUAAAAUUUGGUGAGUUUAGCUCUCUAUUGAACAAGUCCCAUUCCGCGAAUUCAACGAAUAAUAGUGAAAACUCUGGGAAUACUGGAAACGAUGGCAAGAGGAAAGAAGUGCAUCAAGACGGGGAUGACUCGUCUCACAGGGAAAAAGGCAACCGCGGCUGUCAAGUCGAAAAUGGUCUAGACAUUGUUUAA